AUGCUGAAAUCCAAAACUGUGGAUCAAUUAGGAAGAAACAAUCCUAAUAUUAAGCCCUCGGAAGUACAAUCGCUAUUUGUACUUUCGGCUUUUCAAGAACAGAAAGACUGGGCAGAUGUUGAAAGUGAAGCUGCCUCAACCAUCGACAGGAAAUGGAUCUCCAACGUAAAAAAAAGUUUAAGAGUGACAUAGAACCCCAUGGCCAUAGUUUUGAGGCUGUAGUCUCUUUCAAAGAGUGUUACGAUAGGCAUGACCAGUUUUACACCUAUAAAAUAAACGAUCGUAGAGGAAAUCCGGACCAGCCGUCGUCCUUUUUU